UAAAAUAAAUCAGUCUCUCAGCCAGCGAUUGUGUCCUGGUCAAGCUAACAGACAUGUCGGAAUUUCUGGAGGACCCGUCUGUGCUCACUAAAGAUAAGCUUAAAAGUGCACUGCUGGCCCAUAAUGUGGCUCUGCCGAACGGUGACCAGAAGAAGGACGUGUACGUGCAGCUGUACUUAAAGAAUCUGACCGCGCAAAACAAAAAGAGCAGCGGCUCUCCGGAUGUCUUCUCCAGCGACGAGGAACUGCCUCCAGCCCCCGUGGUCUCCAACAGGAGCCGCUCUGGCAGGAAAGCCACCAGGAAAACAGACAAAGUUCGUCCAGAGGAUGUUGAUGUCACUGAAUUGAGCAACGAGGCUUUGAAAGAUCUGUUACUGAAGUAUGGCCUGAUCACUGGACCCAUUGUUGCGUCCACUCGGAAGAUUUACGAGAAGAGGCUUCAGAAGCUGUUGGAUCAAGGUCCUCCUCAGACUUUGGCCCCUCCAUCAGAGACAUCACAGACAGACGGCAGCCCGAAUGGCAACACAGACUCAGACCAGUACAGCGACAAGGAGGAAGAAACCAUAGCUCAAGCUCCUGUGUUUGUGCCCCAACCUGAACCGGAUGUAGAGGCCGAGCCGAUCCCAGUUGUGGAGAGACCAACCCGGAGCAGAGGGAAAACCCCAGUGACCAGCAGAACACGCAGUGGCCAGCACAACAAGGUUGAAAAGGUGUCGGCUAUUGAUCAGACCCCGAGGACGGUAGAGAGAGAUGUGCUUAAAGAGAUCUUUCCCAGUGAAAACCUCGGCACUCCGACUGGAAUCAGUGCCACCUGUCGCCGACCAAUCAGAGGAGCAGCUGGCCGGCCCCUGGUCGGUGACUCAUGGUUGGAUGAAUCCCGUCUCCAUCUUAAGGAGCUCAGAGAAACCAGCUCCUCCUCCACUUACACUGAGACCCGAUCUGUCCCGCGUGUGACCGCAGUCCCUCUAACCGCUUCCAAGCCCGUGGCGCCCCCUGCUGUGAAGAGCAGAGCGCGGCGCAGCCUGCCAGUGUGGGUGCAGCUUCUGCUGCUCAGUGCAGUCGCUGGAUUCCUGUUCUUUGUCUACCAGGCCAUGGAGACUAAUGAGAUUGGACUCUUCAAGCAGAGCGGAGCAGAUGAUAGCACCAGCAAAUGAAUGUUUCGCAGAUCACCCCACUCUUCCCUCUUUAUCGUACGCCAGUACGUCUCUGCUGAUUCCGCAGCCGUAGACUUUUAUCUGCGAUCUUUAUAGAUUCAUACAAAGACAGAAAACCCCAGAUUUUGCAUCAUGUCUGUUCAUACCUCCUUCCAAAUGAAGCCUGGCUUUAAUUUUAACAGUCACUUUUCUUGCCUUUGUGUGUGUGUGUGUGUGUGUGCGUUUCAUUUGUACAUUAUUUUACAGAUAAAUGUUGGUGCUGUCCAUGAAUACGUGUAGAAGUGCUGAAGGUGUUGGCUAAAUACAAAUUGUUUGUAAACUACAUUUAGUGUCUACUUGUGACAGUAUUUUUGCAAUUAAUUUUCACAUGUAGCUCUUUAUAGGUGCCAUAUCUUACCAUUGAAGGCCCUUGUAGUAUUUGUGUAUGUUGUUGAAAUACAAAUAUUUUCAA